UCAAGCUUGACGCUUUAAUAGAGACGUUUUUGUUGACGUUCACUACAAAAUGAUUACAAGAGGAUAUAGCAAAGUUGCUAGUAAUUUGAAGCCAUUCGGACUAGUAAAUAUUAGAACGUUCGCAACUCCACAGUCUGGUCCUCACGUUUUGUCGACUCAAGCACCUUCAAACCAAACGAAAGCAAACGCAAUCAAGCAUCAAGCCCAGAGACCUGGCAGUGCGCUCGACAAAGCUAGCGAACUUUUCUUUUUCACUGAGAUUCUUAGAGGUAUGUGGGUCGUUGCAGAACAAGCUUUCAAAGCGCCAUACACAAUUAUGUACCCAUUCGAGAAGUCACCACUCUCACCUCGUUUCAGAGGUGAACACGCCCUCAGACGCUAUCCAACCGGUGAAGAGAGGUGUAUUGCAUGCAAGCUCUGCGAGGCUAUCUGCCCUGCCCAGGCCAUCACCAUAGAAUCAGAAGCUAGAGACGACGGCGCACGUAGAACAACGAGAUACGAUAUUGACAUGACAAAGUGCAUCUACUGUGGAUACUGUCAGGAGGCCUGCCCAGUCGACGCAAUCGUGGAAACCCAAAACGCGGAAUACAGCACAGAAACACGCGAGGAAUUGCUCUAUAACAAGGAGAAAUUACUUGCCAACGGUGACAGAGCAGAGGCUGAAAUAGCAGCCAACAUCGUCGCUGACCAUCCAUACCGUUAAAUGUACAACUUUUUACUUCUAUAUAAUGCACUUUUUUUCU